AAAUUUACUAAAUUUUCUAUCAGUCAGUUACGGCGGAUCGACUGCGGUGGUUAGACUCAUCCAGAGGUAGCGAACUGACCAACUGGAGUGGCCGGUCGGAAGGAUUCUUUACCUGGUAUCCUUCUAUUCUACUUCCGUUCCCUUCUAAAUGGACUGAUUUCCUAAAGUGAUUGUAUCCGGUGAAAGUGAUCACUUCAAUUUUAAGUGUGAAUUGUGUGAUUAUCGAAACCCUCCAGGGAGUGUGUGAAAAACAAAAUUUUCGAAAAAAUUAAUAACCUGGAACGUGACAGGAAGUUACAAUCAAAAUGUCUGCAACGGUGGCUCAGGUGAAUGAUAUGGCAAAAGCCAAUAUUGCCUCCCCGAUGAAUGUGUUUUAUUUCUUGCUGGCUCCUGCAAUACUUUUAUGGAUCAUCUAUUGGCGUCUAUCUCGUCGGCACAUGAUCCAACUAGCCGAAAAGAUACCAGGACCUCCGGGAAUCCCGAUCCUGGGCAAUGCUCUGGAGUUGAUAGGAACCUCCCACACCGUCUUCAAAAACAUCAUCGAGAAGGGAAGGGACUUCGACCAGGUCAUCAAGAUUUGGAUCGGUCCCAAGCUGAUCGUGUUCCUGGUCGAUCCCAGGGACGUUGAGCUGCUCCUCAGCAGUCACGUGUACAUCGACAAAUCGCCCGAGUACAGAUUCUUCAAGCCAUGGCUCGGAAAUGGACUGCUCAUCAGCACAGGUCACAAAUGGCGGCAGCAUCGCAAGCUCAUUGCGCCAACUUUCCAUCUCAACGUGCUGAAGAGUUUCAUCGAUCUGUUCAACGAAAAUUCGCGACUGGUCGUCGAAAAGAUGCGCAAGGAAGCCGGAAAGACCUUUGAUUGUCACGACUAUAUGAGUGAAUGUACUGUGGAAAUCUUACUGGAAACUGCUAUGGGUGUUUCGAAGAAGACUCAGGAUCAGUCAGGCUACGAUUACGCCAUGGCUGUCAUGAAGAUGUGUGACAUCCUUCAUCUCCGUCAUCGCAAGAUGUGGCUGUACCCGGACCUGUUCUUCAACCUAACUCAAUACGCCAAACGUCAGGUUAAAUUGCUCGAUACCAUUCACAGCUUGACCCGCAAGGUCAUUCGCAACAAGAAGGCCGCUUUCGUCACCGGUACGCGAGGAUCACUGGCCACCACUUCCAUCAAGACAGCGGAAUUCGAAAAACCGAAGAAUAACAGCAACUUGAAUUCGGUGGAGGGACUUUCCUUCGGGCAGUCCGCCAACUUGAAGGACGAUUUGGAUGUGGAUGAAAAUGAUGUGGGUGAAAAAAGAAGAUUGGCUUUCCUGGAUCUGCUGCUCGAGAGUGCGGAAAAUGGCGCUCUGAUUUCCGACGAAGAGAUUAAGAAUCAGGUGGACACAAUCAUGUUCGAGGGGCACGACACAACGGCCGCUGGAAGCAGCUUCUUCUUAUCGAUGAUGGGCAUCCACCAGAAAAUCCAAGACAAAGUUAUCCAAGAACUAGAUGGAAUAUUCGGUGAUUCGGAUCGUCCCGCUACCUUCCAGGAUACAUUGGAAAUGAAAUAUCUAGAACGUUGUCUGAUGGAAACUCUGCGAAUGUACCCACCAGUACCAAUCAUUGCUCGAUCAUUGAAGGAAGAUUUGAAAUUGGCAUCAUCUGACAUCGUUGUACCUUCAGGCGCCACAAUCGUUGUAGCCACCUACAAGCUGCAUCGGCUAGAAUCUAUCUACCCAAAUCCUACAGUUUUCGAUCCGGACAAUUUCCUCCCAGAACGACAAGCCAAUCGCCACUACUACGCAUUUGUGCCAUUCUCAGCUGGACCCAGGAGCUGUGUUGGUCGUAAAUAUGCCAUGCUGAAGCUGAAAAUUAUUCUAUCCACAAUCCUCCGUAACUUCCGAGUCGUAUCUGACCUCAAAGAAGAAGAUUUCAAAUUGCAAGCAGAUAUUAUUCUUAAGCGAGAGGAAGGUUUCCAGGUUCGCCUCGAGCCGCGUCAACGCAAACCGAAGGCUGCAGCUUAAGCUGCUUGAAGGAGGAAUGAAAUUGCAGUUUAUCUGAUGUAUCAUAAGAAAACAAAACUUAAACCCCUGGAUAUAUUACUGUUUAUAUCCUUUUACUCUAUUGCAAUGGCAUGAUGCAAGCAUACAGAAUGAGCACAACCAGAUCUACUUUUUCUUUCGACUUCAAUAGACUACAGCAAAAUUAACGGGAAACAAAUAAAUAUCUGAACUUGAUACGUAAGAGGAAUGGAACUUAUUAUACAUUAAAAAUAGGAUUUAUCUACAUUUAUUAAACCUGUAUGUGUGUGAUCUAAUAAAAUUGAAAUAAACUAAAA